ACGGAGCCACGGUCUCGUCCACGGAGAGUCGCGCGCACAUUCGCAGUUCUGUUUCUCCACGGGAGGACGGAGCCGCUCGGUUUAUUUUUAUUACAUGCGCAGUCCCGUUCCUGAAACACUCGUCACCACGGCAACCUGCCUUCACGUCCAGCAUCCGCCACCGACACCGAGACCAUCCGCUCCCGGGCGACGAGGCAGGAGAUCCCCGCAAAGACACGGCUGACCUGAGCUGUCCGUCCCUGUCGGUUAGAUCUGUUCAGGCCAUUCCAGGCAGCACAGCAGCCAUGGUGAAGCUGGGUAGUAAUCUCUCUGAUAAGCUGGAGAAGCAGCCAUCUGCAGAUGAUGGCUUCGAUAACAUCCCCCUCAUCACGCCGCUGGAGGUCAGCCAGCUCCAGCAGCCACUGGCUGACAAGGUCAUCGUGAAGACGAAGACGCAGUUUCAGCUGAUGCAGCAGCAGAGGAACAGGCUGUACGUUCCCAACAUCAAGAAGCUGAACAUCAACUUCUACGACGACGUCUCGGAUAAAGUUAAGAUCACAGGCCUGAUCCUCAUCACGCUGGCGUUUUUGACCAGCCUGCUCCUCCUCCUCAUGUAUAAAGCCAUGUGGUACGACCAGCUCACCUGCCCAGAGGGGUUUGUCCUGAAGCAGAAGCAUUGCACCCCCGCAGCUCUGGAGAUGUACUACACCGAGCAGCAGCAGGACGGGGAGGAACCGGGCAUCCRUGGCGGUGCUGGUACCGGGCUCUACGCAGCUCUCAGCCACCUCAACCAGGUCAAGAGGACUGGGCCUGGGUUGAUGUCGCAGUGGUUACCAGUAAUAAGGCAGGAGCCCGAGGAAGCCAAAGAAAACAGUGAGCCUCUAAAAGAAGACGUGGAAGGAGAAGAUUGAAGGAUAAAAUUGAGAAAUAUAGCCAAACCAGCUGGAAAUGAUGGCGUGAAGAUGUGUGUGCAUGUAUGUAUACUUGUUUUCUGCAGGUAUUGGGUAUCAUAACCAGACUACCAAUUUAUGAGGACCUGUUUUUAUCAGGGAAAAUAACCUAGGGAAAAGGAGAUUUCUUUCGGAAAUCUGAUUUGAUUACUGUUAUGAUUAUUUAUUUUAAAAUAGCAUUAGGUCUGUAUUUGUGUUUUUGUGUGAAUUAUCCAAAUCUUUAAAACUACACAGUCUAUUAAAAUCUGCAGCGUCGGGUCAAAUCGUGUUUAGAGGCAGGAAUUGGGUUCACUUUUAGAGCGCGACUCAACAUGGAUUUAAGCAAAGUUUGCCAUUUUGCAUUCUAUAUUUGCAUGCGCUCACGUAAAUACCCCAAACGCCAUCAUUGCCUACAGGCAGAUAUGCAGUGUAUGCGUAUUUGCAUUCAUGGUUUCAUGUGUACAUACAGUACCUACACUACAUUAGGUAGUGUGAGAACAUUACAUUAUGUGUGAGAACAUUAUGUUCUCACACAUAAGUGAACAUAAUGUUCACUUAUGUGUGAGAAAGUAGAAGGUGAAAGCAAGAAGGCGGCGUGAGAUUUUGGGGCUGAAAAGUGAAUCGAACAUGCUUCUAAUCAGAUUGCUGCAAGUCGUUGACAUCUUGUGAUUCGUUCGUUAGUCUUAGAGCAGAAUGCUUAAAGUAAUAAAUGAAUGUGCCCUGCCCAGUUAAUUUCAUGCUAGAUUAGGCAUAAAUUACAUUUUUGUACCGUUUGAAUCGGAGGGAAUUUUAAAAUAUUGUCCUGGAUUUCUUUUGCAAACCACAUCUACUUUCUUUUUGAAAGUUAAUUGUUAUAAACAUGAAGGGGAUCUGAUGAUUCCAGAGCCAUAAAUCAACUUAAUUUGAACAAUCUUAUGUUACACAUUGAUAUAAGCUUCUUAAAGUAUUGUGAAUGUAGCUACUUAUGUGUUACUGCUGACAAAACUUACAUCUCUAUAACAUUGUAUCUUUAUGUGUGUUGGCUAGAAGUAAACACAAUGCAGGAAAGUGCGACCAUUGUUUUGGCUUCUUUUGGUGCUUACAUUUUCCAUUAAUUUUCAGUUUUUCUCAGAAUAUUACCUUUCUUUUCAUUAAUGCUUAGAAUAAUACCCACAGUGUUACAUCACAUGACUGUAUAAAAUAGCAGCUUUUAUCUUAUAAAUAAACGUUAUUCAUGGGUAUUAUGCUUGCACUGAAAGAUUCACUUGGUUAAUUUAUCACACAUAAAUGUUUUCUCUCUUGAAAAAUAGUUUUUUGUAAAUAGACAUCUUAGUGUAAAGGACGUCAUUCAAAGUCAAUCUUAAUAUUGUUUUUCAAGAAAUAAACAGCACUUGAUUGACAAAA